AUGUACGUGGCGGGGGGGCAGAUCCUGGGGAGCCCCCCCGCGCCCCCCCCCCCCCAGAGCGGCACCGCCACCCCCGGGACCCCCGGCGGGGGCACCUACGUGAUCCAGGGGGGGUACAUGGGGGGCGGCGGGGCGGCCUACGCCCACACCACCCGCGCCUCGCCCGCCACGGUGCAGUGGCUGCUGGACAACUACGAGACGGCGGAGGGGGUGAGCCUGCCCCGCAGCGCGCUGUACUGCCACUACCUGCUGCACUGCCAGGGCCACAAGCUGGAGCCCGUCAACGCCGCCUCCUUCGGGAAGCUGAUCCGCUCCGUGUUCAUGGGGCUGCGCACGCGGCGCCUCGGCACCAGGGGGAACUCCAAGUACCACUACUACGGGCUGCGCAUCAAGGCGGGGUCGCCGCUGCUGCGGCUGGUGGAGGACCAGCAGCACCUGGCCAUGCGCCAGCAGCCCUUCGCCCAGAAACAGCGCCUCAAACCCGUGCAGAAGAUGGAGGGGGGGGUCACCAACGGGGUGUCCUCGGGGCCGGCCCCUCCCAGCGUCCCCGACAUCAGCGCCCAGGUGCAGCAGUACCAGCAGUUCCUGGAUGCCUCCCGCACGCUGCCGGAGUUCCCCGAGAUCAACGUGCAGGGGAAGGGGCUCCCCGAGGGCGCGGGGCCCGAGGACCUGCGCGUGUUCCAGCAGCUCUACCGCGAGCACUGCGAGGCCAUCGUGGAUGUGAUGAUCAACCUCCAGUUCUCGCUGGUGGAGAUGCUCUGGAAAAGCUUCUGGCGCUGCAGCGGCGAGACCGACGCGCAGGAGGAGGCGGAGCGGCGCCUGCCCCGGCGGCGGCUGCUGCUGCUGGCGCGGCACGAGCCCGUCCUGCGCUGGGUGCGCGACUGUGACCACGCCCUGUACCAGGGGCUGGUGGAGAUCCUGGUGCCCGACGUGCUGCGCCCCAUCCCCAGUGCCUUGACCCAGGCGAUCCGGAACUUCGCCAAGAGCCUGGAGAGCUGGUUGGGGAACGCCAUGGUCAGCAUGCCCGAGGAGAUGGUCCGGGUCAAGGCGGCAGCAGCCGGGGCCUUCGCGCAGACCCUGCGGCGCUACACGUCCCUGAACCACCUGGCGCAGGCGGCGCGGGCCGUGCUCCAGAACACGGCCCAGAUCAGCCAAAUGCUCAGCGACCUCAACCGCGUCGACUUCGCCAACGUGCAGGAGCAGGCGGCCUGGGUGUGCCGCUGCGAGGCGCGGGUGGUGCAGCGCCUGGAGCAGGAUUUCAAGGCCACGCUGGGGCAGCAGCACUCGCUGGAGCAGUGGGCGGCCUGGCUGGACGCCGUGGUGGGCCGCGUCCUGCGCCCGCACCUGGGCACGCCCGGCCUGCCCCGCGCCGCCAAGCUCUUCCUGCUCAAGUGGUCCUUCUACAGCUCGAUGGUGAUCCGGGACCUGACCCUGCGGAGCGCCGCCAGCUUCGGCUCCUUCCACCUGAUCCGGCUGCUCUACGACGAGUACAUGUACUACCUGGUGGAGCAGCGCGUGGCGCGCGCCCGGGGCACCUGCCCCAUCGCCGUCAUGGGCGAGUUUGCGAACCUGACCAGCUCCCUGAACUCGCAGGACCCCGACAAAGACGAGGAGGAGGAGGAAGAGGAGGAGAGCGAUGAAGAGCUGCCGGCAGAGCUGGGGCUGGGAGGGGGCGAGGGGCCCCCCGAUGCCCUGGAGCCCCCCCUGGAGCCCCCCCUGGAGCCGCCCCCGGCCAAGCUGCCCCGGGCCGACCCCCGCGGGCUCUUCGUGCAGGCCCUGCCCUCGAGCUGAGCCCCCCCGCGCCCCCCCGGGGGGGACAAUGUGCCUUAAGCAACGCCGGGACCGUGCCAAAGCCCCCCCGGCCCCCCCGGGGGGGGGGAAAAGGGACCCGCAGGACUUGGGGAUGGCCCCUGCCCCGGGGGGGGCGGGGACCCUCGGGGGGGAGGACGGGGACG